AUGUGCAAAUACCGAUAUAUUUACUACUCCGAGUGCAAGCACUUUGAUUUCUUCCUCGUGGAGUACUGCAAAGCAGGUUACUUAUAUCAUCUUGCUUCUUCCCCAGCCUCCGGCAAGCUCCCUUCUGGUCCAACCGGCAUCACACUGGGCCAAUAUCAAUCAAACGAUCCCGAGAAGCCCUUCUCACCCACUAGAGGCAGCCAACACUCCACUUCCGGGCCAGAGAAGCAGGGCCAAGGCUCGACUGAGACAGCCAUGGACAAAGUCGUCGGUCUGAAUACGGUGGCCCAGCAAACAUCUCUUCACAUUCUAGAGACGCAACAGCACGCCUUCCUUGGAUCAGCUUCAUCACUGCCGGCACUCAGUGAACAGCCGCGGACAACCGAUGGGCAGAUUCUAGAGCUGGGUAAAGCCAUAGAGGACGCAAAAGCGGCCGGUCCUCCUGGCUCACCAGUCUUUCGCGACUUCUCCCCAAGUGAUGGUACCGUCAAGCAGCUUGUGGCACAACUCGAGGCGACCUUCCAUUCGGUAGAGGCUGCGAACUUAGCGUUUGAUGCCGCCGGCCUCGGGGACUCAACAGUGGGCAACCAGCCAUCCGGGACAUCUAUAGCCUCUCUUGUUUCUCCAAGCAAUACGUCGUCCUCACGAGUGGAGACUGCCGGUUCAGAUGGUGACACUACAUCAACGAUCCCAACACUGUACAGUGCUAACAUCUCUGCGGUUGGCUCAGGUCUGAUAUCGCCGGUUCAUCUCACUGAAUGUCGUUCGGCCGCCCUAUCUCACACUGAGCAUUGGCACAGUAAGAGUAUUGACUCCACCGAUCCAAGGAAACUGCGGUCUGAGAAUCCACCCGCCACGCCUCGUGUCAACAAGCAUGCGUCAACUACAGGAACGCCAUCUCCUCACGGAACCAUCCGCAAGACGAAGUCUCUCGGGCGGCUUAAGGGCACUCCCAUUCAGUCGCCUACCAAGGACGGUACUAGUCCACGCCAGGCGCCAUCGGAAGGUCUGUCAUCUCCUACGAAGACUCUCGGUCGACAGAGCCAAGCGCCGAGGCUCCACACAGCGCAACGAGCGGCAGAUAGGGGGGAACGGAGCAGUCCCAAGAAGGAAACGCCUCCCAAGCACGAUGUCUGGCCUAUAUGGCGCAGUGGAGCCAAGCCUCUUCCCCCACAGACGUUACGGAGGAACAACAGGGACUCGCCGACGAAGAGUACCGUAACUGCGCCCACGUCAGUUCGGGAUGUCUUUAGGAUCGAGACCCAUUCUCCGAAAGAUACCUCGCCUCAAAGGCUGUCAAAAUCGCCGACUCGGCGUCUUGCUGACAUGAGCAAAGUCCGUUCUGCUACCUCGAGCGUAUCGUCGCCGACAGAUGCGGAGUUUGUUUCAGCCCGCCAAACGCCAAUGACUCUGAGCCCUGUAGAGUCAAACGAAAGCUUUGUGACCGCUAUCGAGCAAGACUCGCCGCGUCGAGUGCUGAAGGGAAGUACUCAGGCAUCCGGCCAUACCCUUAUGGUUCCCGCCGCGUCAAAGUCAACUGUCUCAGCCAACAAGGCUGCUAGGCCGAAGCUCUCCAUCGAAAUCCCUAGUGUGCAGCAGCUAAAGACCGCUGCAAAUGGAAUUUCACCUGGAGGUAGGUCGGCUUCACCGGUGUCGUCGAUUCGUAUCUCCAAACUUCCCGUUCGAGUACGCAGAGAGACAGUGUCAACAGUAGACUCGAAGAAUGUUGACACCACACCUACGCUGCAAGCUGCUUCUACACCUGUCGUUGCUUCCAUUGUCGAGCCAUUUUCGAUUGACUCGCAGAAUCGGGACGCAACUCCGGUGUUGUUGAAGCAAGUCGAUCUUGUACCCAUCCAUGAAGAGGCAUCCUCGAAAGAAGCUGAUGAGGACCUUAUACACCUGGAGCCUGCUGAGCCAGAGAUCAGGCCGUCUUCUCCGGAUGAAGAUGACGAUGAUGAGCCUAAUGAGGCAACACUUGCAUUACUGAAGGAGCUGUGUCUGACAACCUCGCGGGGUUCAUCCGCAUCUGCAGUCUACAUGCCGCAUUCUGAUAGCGAACCACCGCAAGAGGCAUGUGACCACCAGCCGGCACUGAAGAAAGCUGCGCAUUCGCGGUUACAAGAGGAACCAGCGGUCACUGCCGCCGAAGCAAAACCGGAAGUCCCCAUUCGACUUUCAACAAGCCCUACUGACAGCGUCGUGGCGCCUUCUGUGCCUUCCAAGCACGAUCCAGCCAUCCUGCUGAGCAUUCUCAAAUCCUGCAGUUCUGCACCGUCCAAGGAGGCGUCCGUAGAGUCGUUGACCGGGCUUGGAAAGAAUCGCAUGCAGGGAGAUGUGGAAGGCAGCAGUGAAUUUCCGCCGUUUCAUUUCGAUGAGGCUUUUGGUCCCGAACCUCGCCCCGCAUCUCCUAUGGAUACUGCCGUUGCCAAAGGCCCUUCCUCCGGCAUCGGCGAGAGCGAACCAGCGAUCAUUUACAACGGAAGCAGACCUAAACUGGACGACUUUACUAUUCCUGUUGAGCGCAACCGGUCAGCAUCCCUCUGGCGGUCAACUUCGCCAACACGGGCACGAGAUCCUCACCAGCAGAGUGAAGACCGUUUUCGUACAACAGCUGGCGCGUACUCUCCUCGCGCACUGCCUCCUAACGGUGCGGAAGCUUCUCCUCGGCAAACUGAUAAGCCUCGCCCUGCAGAGGUUAAUACUGACUCUCCGCGCUCGACUCUAUCCACUGCGCUCCGAGCCGAUGCUCCUGACUUCGUUCCGGAAAGUCUCAAGCGGCCUGCACCUCAGCGGCCUGCACUUCCUGCUGCAUGGAUGGAUUCUAUGGCUGUGCCACCACCUAUGGUUCCGGGGCCUCAGUACCGCUUUGUUCCCCUUGGCGAAACACUUCCGACGCAGACGAUGACCAAGUCGCAGAGACAGGCUCAGAGGAAGAGGCAGAAGGCGAUGGAGACGGCAGCCUACGGGUCCAUUUCACCGACAUAUGGAGGAAGCGCCGGGUUUAUCAUGAUGCCUCCAAGCUUCGGAGGUUUCGGGUCCAUGUCUGGCCUCCCACUGGAGACGUUCGAUGACAACGUAUCUCCACGCACACAGCCCGCGGAGCUGCAACGCGAGAACUAUCGCAGAACUGCAAAUGGCGGGAGGAACUACUGGGAAAGCUUCAAGAACGUGUUCCGUGGUCCAGGCGUUGUGCCGUAUGCCAGCAUACGGGGCGGUGCCGGCUCGGUUGUCUCAUCUCAGGAUCACGCCUCACCGAAGUCCGAGAACGCCACCACUACCGAGAACACUCCGCUCAGAAAGAAGCCUUCUAACGUACCGAUCUUCCGCCGUGAGCAAUCUUUCGACGGAAACAAGGUUCCUCCUGCGGCAUUGCCAACAGCUGCGCCCGGCUCGCCACCCAAGGUCAGUCAUCCGCCGGUUAUAGGCCAAUUUGACCGCGGUCCAGCCUGGACCAGGCAUGAGUCGCCGAAGAAGUAUGUCGGCUACGGGAUUGGACAGGAGUCACCGAAAAAGUACGUCGGCUACGGGAUCACGGUUCCACCGUGCGGCUGCUACAAUGUUGAGACGGCGGCUGAGUGGAUUGGCGGGAUGUGCCAUAAGUGUUGGCCAAAUGGGAUCUGA